CGAACCCCGAUCCGGCAUUCCGCACCGACCUUGGAGUCCCAUUGCAUCCAGCAUCGAACGCGAGGCUAGCUAGUGCAUACCAUACCACACCACACAACACGACACCAUGGCACCCCCCGCAACGCAAACCAAACAAAUAGCCGCCAGAACGACGGUCCCCCUGGGCUUUGUCGCCACCUGCCUGCUUCUGUGCAGCGGCAUUGCCUUUACCGUGGGCCGCGUGACGCGGUUCUGCCUCGUCCCCGACUUGGACGCCGCUUUGGUCCAGGGGCCGCCCCCGGUGGUGGCCGCCAGGGGCAAGGACGGGGGCCUGCUCCCGACGCCCAAGGCCCACGCCGGCAAGAUCAUUCCCCAGACGAUCUACACGACGAAGAACUUUGACACGCGGCUCUCCGCCCUGUCCGCCUCGCAGUGGCUCCAGCCCGCGGACGAGGAGGCAAGCACCACCCCGAACGCCUCGCCGACCAACAACGUCGUCGUCCCCGAUCCCGCCAACGAGAAGCUCUCCCUCGGCGAGGACGGAACCGCCGACUACGACAAGGACGAGGAGGAGCACCUCCCGGCCGGGCAGCACCUGCUGGUCGACAUCGACGGCCUGGAAGCCGCCUUUCUGGACUCGGAGGCCCGGCUCGCCACGGCCAUGAUCGCCAUGGUCGACAACAGCGGUUUGACCCUGCUGUCCUACCACUGCCACGGGAUGUACCCCGAGGGGGUCAGCUGCGCGGGGGUCCUCCUGGAGUCCCACGUAUCCUUCCACACCUGGCCGACGGAGGGGGUCAUCACCCUCGACCUCUUUACCUGCGGGGCGACCUCCCUCCUGGAUUCCAUGCCGCUGAUCGAGGACCUCUUUGUGGUCCCGCGAGACCCCGACCGCAAGCCCAACGUCAUGUGGGCCUACAAGCGCCGGGGCUUCAACGAGCAGAGCGGCAAGGUCGGGGAGCGGGACACCUUUGCCUACCCACUGGGAGUGCACGGAAUGGAGUACAAGAAAGAAGUAAGCAAGAAACCGUGCAACGAAGCCAGAAGAACGAAACGAGGCGAUGGAGGAACCAUCGUCUCGGAAGGAUAGCGCGGUCCGCUCACAAAAGUUUGUUGUUGUUGCUGUUGUUGUCGUCGUCGUUUGCUUGCGCCACCAGCUUGCGUCUCUGACCACCAGCUCGGGAAAGAUCGCCAGGGUGUACGAGAUGCAGGAACACAGGCACCCCUCCCCGACCCGCCAGGUCUACCUGGACGGCGUCCUGAAGAGCAACUCGGUGGGGCAGGCCGCGGCCCACGAGAGCUCCGUCCACCCCCCGAUGCUCGCCCACAGCGCGCCGAAGAGGGUGGUCAUUUUCGGGGCCGGCCUCGGGGCGUCGACCCGGGAGGUCCUCAAGCACGCCGGCGUCGAGGAGGUGACCGUCGUCGGGGCCGACCGCGCCAUGGUGGGCUUUUCGAAGGAGUACCUGCCGGAGUGGAGCGACUGCUCGUACGCCAGCAAAAACGGAGAACCGGCCUGCUGCUUUGACGACGACCGCGUGAACUUUGUGUACGACCAGACCCCCCUGGAGUGGAUCGCCUCCUACGGCGGCCCGGCGUACGACGUGGCGCUGGUGGAUCUCUUGUGAGUGGCGGCAGUGCUUGCUGCGGGCAGGAUGCUGUGUCGUAGUGUGGAAUGCAUUCGGCGAAUCUAAUUUUUGCUUUUUUGUUUGCGAUGCAAAUGUGUUUACAGCGAUAUGGAAGAAGAAUUCGCCAUUGAAAUCAUGUCGAACCGCGAGCACACCCUCGACCAGCUGCUCAACCGGCUCUCGCACGACGGUGUUGUCUCUGUGAACAUUGCCGGGUCGACCAAGGCGGUCGAAUCCAUGACAAAGAGCGGCAUGACGCCGACCCGCAAAAUCCUGCAGACCACCCUGGCGGAGGAAAUGAAAAAGACCGGAUUCGUCGAGGCAUACGAAUACAACGAGUACAAGAGUGGCUUUUCCGAGACCCGGUCCUACGUCGUUGCCUUUAAGGACGCCGCGACGGCCAAGAACUGGAACACGAAGCAGUCCGAGACGGAAAUCAAGCUCAACAACCGCAUCGCUCGGGACCAGUCGACGGGAGAACUCGCCCUCGAAUUUUUCGACGCCGCCACCAUGGCGACCUAUUCCAAGUUCUCGACCAAGUCUUCCGGGGGUGGCCCCGGUGAGGACCGUUCCGGAGACGUGGAAGAGGAGGAAGCCGUGGAAGAAGCCGAGCUUUCCGAGAUGGCCGGUGGAAUGGCACAAACCGCCAACUCGAGCUGUUCCAGUACGGAAGACGAGGGCGAAUGCAAAAAUCCUAGCAUCGACAUUCCCGAGGAGCAGAUGCGGCCACACGAGGUUGUACGGGAAUCAUAAAUAGAGGGGAGGAUUGUAUAUCGUUAAUCACC